GCCAGUUCUGAGCAUAGCACGCCAAAGCGGCUCAGCUGAUCGGAGAGAAAAUGGGUUGAAACAAGUCAAUGAAAAGCUGGCCAGUUUCUUAACUUCCCCACUGCCACAAACACAAAUGGAAAAAUAACACCCCAUGGAGGCCAAUGAGAGUGGGAAAAAGUAUAAUAUUUACGCUAUCAAAUCUAAUGCGCACCUCCAUGUUCAAAACACUGAAACAAAAAAAACCCCUAUUUGCUGGCGAAUGUAAUGUGCAGCAGCAAAAAGUGCGCUCCUUGUAAUUUGGCUAGAAAAAGUGUGCAUUAAAGUGCCUGCCUGCUUUAAAAAAUAAAAAAUAAAACCCCAUUUUCAGCAAUGGAAAGGAAAACCACAAGAUGCAUAGAAUGAAUCCAUUUUAAUUGUCUUGGUUCAAUGCUAUGGAAUCAUGGGGCAUGUAGUUUGACAAGGUCUUGAGCCUCUUCUGCCAAAGAAGGCUGAUGCCUCACCAAAGUACAAAUACCACCAUUGCAUAGCAUUGAGCCAUGGCAAUUCAAGGAGAGAUGGCAUCCCUCAAAUAGGAGCUCCUGGUACAGUAGAGUCUCACUUAUCCAAGCUAAAUGGGCCGGCAGAACCUUGGAUAAGCGAAUAUCUUGGAUAAUAAGGAGAGAUUAAGGAAAAGCCUAUUGAAUAUCAAAUUAGGUUAUAAUUUUACAAAUUAAGCACCAUGGAAGCAGCCUCUUCUGUCUCCCUCAGGGGCGAUUCCCAAGAUAUAAUAGAAUAUAAGAAAACCUUGAAAAGUUUACAGUAUUGUGCCAUGGACACACACGUCUUGCAUUGUAUAAAUGCACACAUCUUCAUCGCCCUCCUGGGUUUUCUCUCUGCUAACUCUGGUUUCUCCAAACCCUUCCAGGCUGCUCUGCUCUUUUACAAGCUUUUCUGGGAAGUCAUCUUCCAGUUGGUGCAGGAGGGCUGCUCCUCGGUGUCUUCGUGGCUGGAGGAGGCCGGAGAGGUCACCCAGGGGGACAAGACCCUCUCCUCACCGCCAGAGAGUCCCCGGCCCUGGGAGACAGGAGCUGAGCGGCAUCUGGAGGCGCAGGUGAUGCGGCUGCAGGCGUCCAGCAACGUGGCUUUGGGCCGCCUCUCUGCCCUGGAGUCAGGAGUCCGGUACCUGAGCCAGGAGCUGCGGGCUGAGAGGCUCUUGUGGAGCAGCCGCUACCUGGAGCUCCUGCGAGAGCAGCAAGGCCUGGCUGUGCAGUUGCAAAGACAGGAGCAAAGGCUGUGGUCGUCAAACUUGGAAGGAUUGAGUGAAGCCCCCCAGGAGAUGCUGCGCCAGAGUUGGGACCCCCAUGAAGAGGAGGAGGAGGAGGAACAGGAACCAAGCCACCCCACUGUGGGACCUGGACCCAAGUGGGCUGCAAAAGAAUGACUAGCUCCAUGACGUUGCAGAGAACCAUGCCAUUGUUUGGGGAGAACAUUUCGAACGCGUCUCUCCUCUCUCAAAGUCUGGACUAAGACCAGUGGACCAAUCCAAUGAAUAAAGAAAGAGCACUGCACCAAGGUGGACCCAGACUCAAAGCAGGAGGUUCCGCGAUGGUUGUCCGUCCAUGCGCCAGGUGAGGUCCAGGCUGCAACAAACAGGACAGGGCCCAGGGGGAGCCAAAGGCACAUAGAGGAGCAUCAAACUUCACCCGGAAGGCAGAGUGGAACAAAAUUGCAAAUCUGAGUCCUGACAGAUUAGAGCAGGGGUCCCCAAACUAAGGCUCGGGGGCCGGAUGCGGCCCUCCAAGGUCAUUUACCUGGCCCCUGCCCUCAUUUAUAAUAUAAUAUUUUAUAUCAGUUUUAAUAAUAUAAUGUAUUGUAUAUACAUAUGAUAUUGAUAAUAUUAUCAUUUUAUACAGUAUAAUACUAAUAAUAAUACCAUAUAAUAAUAUUAAUUAUAUGUUAUAUAUUACAUAUAAUAUUACAGUAUAGUGGUAUAGUUCAAUAUAGUAAUAUAUAAUGCUAAUAUUGUGCUAUGCUAAUAAUAUAAUAUAUUGUAUGCACAUACAGCUGCUCUGAGUUCUCUUUGGGGUGAGAAGGGUGGGAUAUAAAUGUAGUAAAUGAAUAAAUAAAUAAUUUUGGACUUAGGCUCGCCCAAAGUCUGAAUUGACUUGAAGACACACAACAACAACAAUCCCAAUUAACUUGACUAUCUCAAUGGCCAGAAGGAGGCCCACACUUCCUAUUGAAAUCCUGAUAGGUUUAUGUUGGUUAAAAUUAUUUUCAUUUUUAAAUAUUUUAUUGGUCUUUCAUUGUUAUUGUUGUUGUUUUGGACUACAAAUAAGAUAUGUGCAGUGUGCAUAGGAAUUUGUUCAUUUUUUUUUUCAAAUGAUAAUUCGGCCUCUCAACAGUCUGAAGGAUUGUGGACCGGCCCUCUGCUUUAAAAGUUUGAGAUUAGAGAGCUGAUUGUCCUGGAAACUUGGGACUCAAUGGAGCAAUGGGUUCAACUUCCAGGAAAGGACACCCACCUGAGCUUUAAGAAGAACUUCCUGACUGCAAGAAGAAUGGUUCAGCAGUGGAACUCUCUGCCUUGGAAUGUAGUGGAGGCUUUUAAACAGAGGUUGGAUGGCCAUCUG